AUGGAGUAUCAAGCAAGGCUAAUGGAAUACAAAUUCCAUUUCAUGGCUGCAAUCACUGUGACUGUGGUUAUGGCCUCCCUCGUGUACGCAGCGCCAAGAAUUCUCGACAUAUUAGCCUUUUUCUGGCCACUGUUUGCUUCAACCGCCGCUUUCUUGGCGAUGGCAAUCACCUUCGGUGGCUUUCAACAAUUUUCAGACGAAGUUACCGGCGAGGGAAUCAUGGAUUAUGUCGCCGGACGGCCUGAGGAUUCUUAUAAAUACUACUAG